AUGCCUGAGAAGGUACACACACACUUCGACGAUUCCGUUGAGGAGUCUUCUAAGAAUUCAAUCAAAUCUCCGGUCGAGGUAAUCCCUGCCGAGGAGCCUGGCCGGAAGAAAAAGCGCAACAAAAAGCGGAAGCGCGACGACGUCGCCGAGGAACGUCAGUCGCAACGUGAAAACGAAACUCUUCAGACCGAUACUUCGACCCAGGAAUUUGCCCCAGCUACAGAAUUCUCUGCGCCAGAGAUACCGGUGAUUGAUGACCCGGAACCUGCUUCAAAUGGAGUCCCAGUAUCCAAGCCAAAGCCGAAGUCGAAGCCAAAUGCCAGACCCUUGACCGAUAACAAAACCAAUUUCUCCUCCCUCCGCGAAAAGGCCAGUGUCCUUUAUGAACUACGCAAGAAACUUCCGAUAUUUGCACAUGCCGAUGAAAUCCGCAAGAAGCUUCGGGAACAAGAUGUGAUGCUGCUGGUGGGUGAAACGGGUAGUGGAAAGAGUACCCAGAUCCCGCAGUUCCUGGUGAACGAAUUUUGGUGCCGACCGACGCCCACCAAAAUCAAGAGGGAGGAUGGAACGGAGAAAUCAAUCACGGUCGGUGGGUGCAUCGCCAUCACCCAACCCCGUCGAGUGGCCGCCAUCUCCCUUGCUCGGCGUGUUGCAGAAGAGAUGGGCACACCGCUUGGUUCUUCAUCACCCGCCAGUAAAGUCGGCUAUGCGGUGCGAUUUGAUACUUCAACAUCUCCAAGUACCCGAGUGAAGUUUUUGACCGAGGGAAUGCUGCUGCAAGAAAUGUUGCACGACCCUUGGUUGACCAAGUAUAGCGCGGUGGUGGUUGACGAAGUCCACGAGCGUGGAGUCAAUGUGGAUUUAGUAACUGGUUUCAUACGCAACUUGGUCUCUGGGAAGUGUGAGGGACGCGGUGGAAUCCCGCUCAAGGUCGUUGUCAUGAGUGCUACGGCUGAUAUGGAGAGUCUGCUUGGGUUCUUCCAAGAAGGUUUCAAGCAGGAGCAGCAACAGAAGCAGAUUACGAAUGGCACCACAAACGGGGUGAAGAACAACGAGGCACCCAAAGAGAUUUCACUAUGCCAUAUCAAAGGUCGACAAUUCCCCGUCAAGACUAUCUACUCCCCUGAGCCAGUACAUGAUUUUGUCGAUGCCGCUCUGAAGAUCAUUUACCAGAUCCAUUACAAAGAACCUAUGCCCGGUGAUAUUUUGGUUUUCUUGACUGGACAGGAAACUGUGGAAGCUCUCGAGCAUCUGGUCAAUGAAUACGCCAUUGGAAUGGAUCCAUCACUGCCCAAGAUCCAGGUUCUCCCACUUUUUGCUGCUCUACCUCAGGCUGCGCAGCAGCGCGUGUUUAUGCCUGCUCCACCUCGGACGCGCAAGAUUGUGCUGGCCACCAAUAUCGCCGAAACGUCUGUCACUGUGUCUGGUGUGCGCUACGUGGUGGACUGUGGCAAGGCUAAGGUCAAGCAAUUCCGCACUCGUCUAGGUCUUGAUUCGCUGCUCGUCAAGCCUAUCUCCAAGUCCGCUGCAAUCCAGCGAAAAGGUCGUGCAGGUCGUGAAGCUCCUGGCCAGUGCUUCCGAUUGUAUACCGAAAAGGACUACUUGGCCCUGGAUGAAACCAACACUCCCGAGAUUCUACGGUGUGAUUUGAGCCAAGCGCUACUCAACAUGAAAGCCCGCGGGGUGGACGAUAUCGUUCGAUUUCCAUUCUUGACUCGCCCACCGCGUGAAGCGCUCGAGAAGGCCCUUCUGGGUCUCCUGAGUAUCGAUGCGCUCGAGGACGACGGUCGCAUUAGCGAUGUUGGCCGACAUCUUGCCAAGUUACCGCUUACUCCGACCCUGGGACGAGUCCUUCUAGCUGCCGCCGAGAAUGGCGUGGAUUGUCUCCUAGAUGUGAUCGAUAUCAUCUCAUGCCUGAGUGUGGAGAACAUCUUCCUUAACACGAACUCGGAGGAAAAGAAAGAAGCCGCUGAAGCCGCUCGACGGGACCUCUAUCGACGUGAAGGCGAUCAUCUGACAAUGCUGGCAACGGUACGGGCCUAUGCAGCCGAGAAUGUCGACCGGAAGGCCUGGGCCGAACGGCACCUUGUGUCCCAUCGGGCCAUGCAGUCGGUGAUGGAUGUGCGCAAGCAACUGCGCACGCAAUGCCGCCAGGCUAAACUCCUGCCUCGCGAUGACGGCAGCGAUCACACCACCGACGCUUCACCCGAUCUUAUCCUGCAGAGCUUCCUCUGCGGCUUUGCGACGAACACCGCCCGCCUGGUCCCGGAUGGCAGCUAUCGGACGGUGGUGGGGAACCAAACCGUUGCGAUCCAUCCGUCCAGUGUUAUUUUCGGCAAGAAAGUGGAGGCAAUCAUGUACAACGAGUUUGUAUUUACGAAUCGCAGUUAUGCGCGUGGAGUAAGUGCUGUGCAGAUGGAUUGGGUCGGCGAAGCCUUGGCUGGAUGA